CAAGAUGGCGGCGAGCAGCGUUCGCCGGGCCGCUGCGGUGGCCAGCACCUCGGUGAAACCCAUCUUCAGCCGGGACAUGAAGGAAGCCAAGCGGAGGGUGCGCGAGCUCUACCGUGCCUGGUAUCGGGAGGUGCCGACUACUGUGCACCUAUUCCAGCUCGACAUCACUGUGAAACAGGGACGGGACAAAGUCCGAGAAAUGUUCCUGAAGAAUGCCCAUGUCACAGACCCCAGGGUGGUGGACCUUCUGGUCAUUAAGGGAAAGAUGGAACUGGAGGAAACGAUUCAUGUGUGGAAGCAGCGGACCCACGUUAUGCGGUUCUUCCAUGAAACAGAAGCGCCAAGGCCAAAGGACUUCCUGUCUAAGUUCUAUGUUGGCCACGACCCAUAAAAUCACUCAGUGGAAGAUGCAUGUGAUAUUUCAUGGUUUCCAAGUGCAAAUAAACUCAUUCU